AUGUUACACAAACUUCCCAUACUCUCAUCAGCCGCCGUCAACAAACUAGAGCGUGAACGGGAGACCGCAUCCGACCGUAUCAAAAGUCUGAACGAUGACGUGGCCAACGCCAAAGAGUCCUUAACUAAGCUCAAAGAUUCCGUUUCUACCCUCAUGGCCGACAUGGAAGCUCACGCAGCGAACGAGAAGGAACUGCAGAGCGCCAAGAACGUGGUUGAAGCUGCAGGGUCUGGAGUUUGGUCAACUGUAUGGAGAGUCCAUGAAAAGGCAAAGUCGAAUACGUCCGCCACCCUUGAAGAGAAGUCUCAGGAACUUGAUGAGAUGGACAUCACAGAUGAGAAGGUUGAGCAUGUCCCAGCCCAGUAUGAUGAGUACCUUGUUUUCAUCGAAUACAUGGCCCUACUUUGUGAUGUAGGACCCAAGGGACUGGAGAGGAUGGUUGAUGCUUUGAGUGAGCAAGGACUCGACUUUGAGACGUUGGUUUAUGAGCUUGUAGGUGAUGGACAAAGCAGCGCUGACAAUUGA